AUGGUGGCACUGGAUGCUCUAGCCCUUCUGGAGACAGUGGUAAAGGUAGCCCUGCUCAUUAAAGAACAAUUUUUGUGCAACUACAACUCCCGCCGUUGCUAUAUAAUUACUGUACUGUUUCCUUUCCUUACCCUUCCAGUGACUUCUGUGAAACUGUUUCUUUUCAAUAUUAAAAGUGCUGAAAGCAUCGUUGCAAUUAUGAUUGGCAACCUGAAAGGCAUGGAGAUCUUACACCGGAUUGAGAGUGGCAUGAAAGUGACUAUGGUUAUCGAAGUGGGGAAAAAGCAUGGUCCUUGGAUGAAUCAGUACUCCAUCUUCUUCAUCUCGGUGUCGUUUUUCAUUGUCACGGCAGCAACCAUGGGCUACUUUAUUUUUUAUUCUGCUCGGAGACUGAGGAUCGCAAGGGCCCAGUCCAGGAAUCAGCGACAACUAAAGGCCAGGGCUAAGAAGGCCAUUGAACAGUUACAGCUGCGCACCCUGAAGCAAGGGGACAAGGAAACCGGUCCCGAUGGAGAUAGCUGUGUUGUGUGCAUUGAGCUGUACAAGCCGAACGAAGUAGUGCGUAUUCUGACUUGCAACCAUCUCUUCCACAAGAACUGUAUUGACCCCUGGCUUCUGGAACACAGGACAUGCCCGAUGUGCAAAUGUGACAUACUCAAAGUUUUGGGUGUUGAGGUGGAUGGAGAAAAAGGGGCCGAGUCUGUGCAAGCCACAGUAUCCACUGGGACAUCAAAUGUCUCUACAGUUAAUGAAGAGGAUAAUCAUAGUGAAACAGCAUCAUCUGGAUAUGCUUCUGUACAAGGAGCGGAUGAAUCUGUUCUGGAGGAACAUGCACCAUCAGAAAAUGACAACAUGCAUCUUGUAAACAAUGAAUCCCAGUCAGUUGGGAAUGUCCUUCCACACGUUGACAACCCAAGCUUUGAGGCAGACGAAACACAAGUUCGUGAAGUCAGGUCCUAAGAACAUGCCCGGCAACAGAGUGUAAGCCUUCUGCAAGGAGCUGCCUACUGCCAUCGUGUGUAACAAACAUUGCAAGA